GAGUCGAGCAACGGAUGUCGAGCUAGCCGCUCGACCGAUAAACUGGUUAGCACUUUCCACUGGAUUGUAUCACCUCGAGCUUGCGGUCGAUAUUCAUUUCUAGCUCCCCGCUCUUCAGUCCACCAUGCAUCUCACUGCGAUUCUGUUCUGUUCUGUCGCGCUCCUCGUGUUCGAUGCAUCCCCCGCAAUGGCAGCAAACGGAGCUAAGUUGGACGACGCCAUCGAUGCCGCCAAGGAACGCGCGAGAACGUCUUACCCAGCAGCUAAGAAAAUUGAGCUGGACUCCGUCUCAGAAUCCAAUCCCAACUCCCCAAAAUAUGGAGUGACUCUCAACAUCGAUGGACAACGCUGCACGAUCAUGUACAUGAACGACGAGAAAUCCGCUAAAAAUUUGAAAGUUCUGAGGGAUUUUGAGUGUCAGUGAAUAAAUUGGAGCUCUCCUCCCCUGGAGAGUGGCCAUGUCCCCCGAGAAA